AUGAGGACAGCCCCACUGGACGCUGAGCGCUCCUUCAGGAGCUGCAGCAGUUCAAGCAGCUUGUCCUGGCCUUUGAGACGGACAAAUUUCUGCUGGACAUGCGAAGGCAGGCGAUGCAAGCUCUGGGUGCUGAUGUUGACAAAGCAGUCCACGUCGACAAACCUCGCAAGCAUCUGGCUGAGCCCCGCCGGGAAAGUGGCUCCUACCACCACCACCUGGGUCCUCUCCUCCCCGGGGCCAGCCGGCGCGGGGGCACCCGCGGCAAGCGGGGCGUGCGCCAGGACCUCCUGCAGCGGCGCGGCGAAGGACUCGUCGUCUAUCAGCGCGUCCGCCUCGUCCAGCACCAGCCAGCGCAGCCGCCCAAGGACCAGAAAGCGCCGCCGCAACGCGGUCCGCAGCGCCCCCGGGGUGCCCAGCAGCACAGCGGCUCCCGGUGGUGGCGCCCGCAGCUGCCGCCUCAGCCCUCCCGCGGCGCCGCCGCCGGUCAGCCCGCGCACCAGCAGCCCCGCAGGGCGGCACAGCGCCUCCGCCACCGCGCCCACCUGGGCCACCAGCUCCCGCGACGGCAGCACCACCAACCCGCGGGGCGACGCCGAUCGCGGCCCCGACCCCUCGGGCUUCUCCACGGCCGGCUCCAAACCGGCAGGGCGGGCCAGCAGCCGGUCGAGCAGCGGCAGCAAAACAGCAACGGGAAUGACGGUGAACACACCUCUCUGCUUCAGGGGAAAAAACAUCCUGGCCCCCAUGGUGCGUGUGGGAACGCUGCCAAUGCGGCUCCUCGCGCUGGACUAUGGCGCCGACAUCGUGUACUGCGAGGAGCUGAUUGACAUAAAGAUGAUGCAGUGUAAGAGAGUAGUAAAUGAAGUUCUUGAAACAGUAGACUUUGUUGCACCAAAUGACAGAGUUGUUUUCAGAACCUGUGAAAGGGAGAGGCACCGAGUCAUCUUUCAAAUGGGUUCAGCAGAUGCUGAAAGAGCCUUGGCAGUAGCUAAGCUUGUAGAGAGUGAUGUAGCUGGUAUUGAUAUCAAUAUGGGCUGUCCAAAAGAAUAUUCUACUAAGGCAAGUAUGGGGGCAGCACUUCUAUCUGAUCCUGACAAAAUAGAGUCUAUACUGACUACUCUUGUGAAAGGAAUUUGUAAGCCAGUAACCUGCAAAAUCCGCAUUUUGCCCUCAGUUGAGGAUACUGUGAAUUUGGUAAAGAGAAUAGAAAAAACUGGUAUUGCUGCCAUUGCAGUCCAUGGAAGGAAGAAGGAGGAGAGGCCUCAGCACCCUGUCCACUGUGAUGUGAUCAAAGCCAUAUCUGAAGCAGUCUCCAUUCCAGUAAUAGCAAAUGGAGGAUCUCAUGACUUCAUCAAAGAGUAUACAGACAUUGAGACCUUCCAGAAAGCAACAGCUGCCUCAUCUGUAAUGAUAGCUCGUGCUGCUAUGUGGAACCCAUCUAUCUUCAGAAAAGAAGGUCCUUUCCCCUUGAAAGAAGUCAUGCAAGAUUACAUCAAAUAUGCAGUGAGAUAUGAUAAUCACUAUACCAACACAAAAUAUUGUUUGUGUCAGAUGUUAAGGGAGCAGUUGGAAACUGCUCAGGGUAAGAAGCUGCAUGCAGCACAGUCCACACAGGAGAUCUGUGAAGCUUUUGAAAUGUCUGAGUUCUACAAAGAAACAACAGCUGUUUUUGAAGCUAAGAAAACAUCUUUGGAAACUAAGCAGCAAGAUGAAGAUGACCAGGUGGAAGAUCCAGAUAUAAUAAAAAUGGCUGUUAGAUUUGACAAGCGAGAAUAUCCACCACAGAUUACUCCAAAAAUGUAUCUUCUGGAAUGGUGUAGGAAAGAAAAGCAUCCUCAGCCUGUUUAUGAAACUAUUCAAAGACCACUAGAUAGACUAUUCUGUUCAGUGGUAACAGUAGCUGACCAAAAAUACAGAUCAGCUCUGUGGGACAAGUCAAAGAAACUAGCAGAACAGGCUGCAGCUAUUGUCUGUCUGAGAACACUGGGUGUCCCAGAGGGAAAGCUGUGUGAGGGAGAAAACCACCUGAUUAACAAACGCAAGAGGGAAGACCAGGAGUGCUUGAACAACAGAGAUCAUGGAAAAGAACUUGCUGAGCCUUCCCAUAAAAAAGCUAAUUUUGCUGAAGAAAGUUCUGACGUGAAUGUGCCUAAGAUGCAACGGUAGCAUGGAGGUCACAGGCUUCAUACAACUACACAGAAGCUAGAAAUUAGCUCCUUUUGUAUAUCUUGCUGUUCACACUUUGUCUGGAUUCUGAGAUGGCUAAAUUCCCUAGCUGUGGAAAAAUGCCACUAAGAUUUACUGUUUACCACUUGCUAUCCCCAUGGUGCCUUUCAGACAGGAUGAAUUAGCAAUUUGAUUUUAGAAAACAUCGAGAAUAUUAUCUCAAAAAAUAAAUCCUUUUAAUAUCAGA